AUGAAGACCGUUGUGGCUCUGGUGGCGACUGCGUUGCUGUUGGCGUGUUCGUCCGUUGACGCGCUGGACCGCGAGAAGAGGCUGCGCGUGGUGAGCCCCGUGCACGCCAACGAGCGCGUGCUGGUGAGCGGCCAGGAGCAGCGCGAGAAGCGGCACGGACACUGCGUGGACGACGGCACGCGCGACCAGGAGCCCGUGUGCGCCUCGAACGGCAAGAAGUACCUCAACAUGAAUCGGUUCCUGUACAAUCAGUGCCUCAUCAAGGCCGAAGACGGAGAGGACAUCACCAUCGUGGACGAAGAUUUCUGCAGAGAGGCCAUGCUCGAGGACCUCGAGAGCGAAGGGCUCAUCCCGCUCAGGAGUAGCAGCAGCCCGUAA